AUUGACUCUUCUAAGUGUUGGCCUGUCACUGCCUUGCACUCUCAGUUAGUACACUGGUGACAACUGCUGUGAUUGAAAGUAAAGAUAAGGACACUAGGAAAAGUUUCCAGUGAGAUCUUUUUGCCCCUGUGGGGCAGUAUUUUUUUUUUCCAUUUCAUUUUAUUUAUUAUGUAUUCUUUUUGUCUGGAGUAACUGUAAAAGAGAACCUGAGUGGAAAGAAAGAUAACAGUUUAAUAGUUGUCUGAAGAAAUAAAGACAAGAUGUUGGGAGAGGUGGUUUCAAACGUAUUGAAGUUCUAUGACUACCUUCUCAAACGAACUGAUGCCAGAGUGCGGGAUUAUCCGCUGAUGCAGAGUCCCAUACAGAUGACCCUCAUCUUGCUGGGAUACGUGGUCUUCGUUCUAUAUGCGGGACCAAGAUACAUGGCCAAUCGCAAACCUUUCCGCCUCAACACAACAAUGAUCGUCUAUAAUUUCUCAAUGGUGGCCUAUAAUGCCUACAUUGUUUACGAGUUCUUGAUGUCUGGUUGGGCAACAACAUACACCUGGAGAUGUGACCUCUGUGACCCCUCCAGCAGCCCACAAGCACUCAGAAUGGUUCGAGCUGCCUGGUUGUUCUAUUUUUCAAAAUAUGUUGAACUUCUUGAUACGGUGUUUUUUGUGUUGAGAAAGAAGCACAGUCAGGUGACAUUCCUGCACAUCUUCCAUCAUUCCAUCUUACCCUGGACGUGGUGGUGGGGCGUCACUCUCACUCCUGCUGGUGGAAUGGGUUCCUUCCAUGCUAUGGUAAACGCAUGUGUCCACGUCAUCAUGUACACCUAUUACGGUCUGGCUGCUGCAGGACCACACUUCCAUAAGUAUCUGUGGUGGAAGAAGUACAUGACUGCAAUCCAGCUGAUUCAGUUUGUGCUGGUGUCUGGCCAUAUCUCUCAGUAUUACUUCAUGGAAAAGUGUGACUACCAGGUUCCCAUUUUUAUUCAUCUCAUCUGGAUCUACGGCACCCUUUUCUUUAUCCUCUUCUCCAACUUCUGGAUCCAGGCCUAUAUAAAGGGCAAGCGACUACCUGUUAGCAGCGAGGACAAACCCAAACAGAAUGGCAUUACCACUGUGAUUGAGCCGGUUCCAGUGGCCAACAGCAAACACUUGGAAAAUGGCACUGUGCACUACACUAAUGGAUUUGCUCACAAUGGGAAAGUAAAGGAGGUUUAAACAGGCCAGUAGCAUACAGGACUCCACUGGAACAUCACACAGUCGAGAGACAUGGUUGUUAGAUUAUUUUUGUUUUCUUUGUCAAAUGUAAAAAUGUUUAUAAUUGUGUGGGAGAUGAAACGGCACAUUUGAUCUGGCAGUGGGUCCCCCUUUCUUUGUAUUUAUUGAGCAUCAGGCUGGGGAGCACAAUGCAUGAAGAGAAUUCAUCCGCUGAAGUUGGCUUUGUAGACAUCGCUCUGAAACCUGACAGCAUAUCUUACAGCUGUCUGUAGUUGAAUUUGUUGUCCUUGGCUUUUUUCUGGCAUAUGAGUCUCCCAGUUUGCACACUGUACAGUCCUCACAGAUCUAACUCAAACUUGACUGUAAAUAAAUUUUUCCUCACAGUUUAUUGGAAAUGUAUGAGUUGUCUUUUUUUUUUUUUUUUUAAAUGUAUGUAACUUAUCAGUUAAUAAAAGCUUUUUAUAAUAAAUUGUAUUUUUGACUUUCGUAUGCUCUUUGUGAACAGAUAAAGGGAUAUAGGCAUUUUAGAUAUUAGCAGCAUUCCUCAAUAUACAGUUAUGCAUGGUAGUGUCCAGUAUAGUCUGGAAAGGUCUUACAAUGGAGUCUAUACAUAGGGCAAUGGAAUUGCUCUGUAGUUCUCACACUCACUAUUAAUUUUAUAGGUCAUCAAGAAUCUGAACAGCAGCAUUGUUAGGAUGGAGAUGUCUCUCUCAUGCACUUGCACCCAUGUUCUGUAUAAGUUUUUACUCGAUCAUCUCUAGAAGGUAACCCCCCUGGUUGCCAAAAGUCUUGCAAGAGCUACAUGCAUAAUUCAAAACCAUUGUUUAUUUGGAGUCCCAUGGAAACCCUUCACCUAGACCUAAUCUUAUUCAAGACAAUGAGAUUCUUGCGAGAUUAGGCAACCAGGGUGUUGCCUUCUAGACACAACCAUUGUACUCUUCCUUUUAGUUCUGUAACAGUGUUGAGCUUCUAAUUGUAGACUUUUGUAUAAAUGUGC